CAACAACUGUUGUGAGGCACGCCGGCACUGCUGCGCGAGGAAUCUGGCCGUGGGCCUUCUAAUUACUUCUGCAACAUGACCGACGCAGCAGCCGCCGCAGAGGCCCGCAUCGCCGCCCGACUAAAACGCAUUGGCGAAGAGGGUUCACAACUGCUUCGUCACGAGGCCCGUUGGAGGGACAAGCAGCCAUUCCUGGCCUCACGAGGAUACUCGCUUCGUCCACGAUUCCACCCAGGAUGGCGACCGUCCUGGGAGCUACACCCGGGCUCAGAUCCUCGCAACUUUGAGGACCACUGGCAGCUUCCGCUCUGGACGAACAUAAUUGACGCGACGCGAGACUCAGACGGACGUCUAGUAUGUAUCAAGAGAGUGCGGACAGCGGGUUCCGAAAUCCAAAUAGCAAGAUACCUCUCUACACAACCGCUUCGCAAUGAUUCUCACAAUCACUGCAUUCCCAUCCUGGAUAGCUUUCAGGACGACCAUGACCCUAACAUAUCUUAUAUCAUCAUGCCCCACAUGCGUCCCAUGAGUGAUCCUCCCUUCGAACUGGUAAAUGACGUACUGGACUUUGCAGAGCAGGUUCUCGAGGGCCUCGUCUUCAUGCACGGACACGACAUCGCCCAUAGGGAUGCUGCGGAAACAAACAUCCUCAUGGAUGCAGACUCGAUGUACCCCCAAGGAUACCAUCCAGUACAGCGGAAGCGGCUUCCAGUCCCGAACUGGUCGUCCGACGCACCUCAUUACUCGCGUGCAAGUGCGCCACGGCCGGUACGGUACUACUUCGCAGACUUUGGUUUAUCUACGCACCUCGCGCCAGGCGCGCCGCGGCUAGUCACGGGCGGACUCGGCGCAGAACGCGACGUGCCCGAGCUAUCAGACAUGAUACCUUACGACCCGUUCAAGUUGGACAUCUUCGUACUCGGGAACGUCUUCAAAAGCCAGAUCCACGACAAAUACUUCCGCGUCGAGUUUCUCGGGCCGCUGAUCGCGGCAAUGAUGCAGCGCAACCCUGCCGCGCGUCCUACCGCACAAGAAGCUCUGCAACGCUGGCGACACAUCAGGACUCGUGUGUCCGUCAUCCAGCGCGCGAGCAGGCUGCGCGGGCGCGACGAGACCCUUGUGUAUACUAUCCUCUUCGACAUCCUGUCUUUCAUCAAGGUCGUCUACGUCGUCGCCAAAAAGUUCACAGGUUGGUCGUUGAGCUGGCUCUCAAUGAUAUUCACGUAGUAUUAGUGCUUUUCCGUGGAUGUAUCUUCGCGCGUCCUUUCUGCCAUGUUUGUAUCAUGCACAGUGCUAUAAUUAUAUUGGGUUAUCUGCUCUGCUUCCGCUUCCCAGGAUAUCUUAACCCCCUGGAGACCUCAUUUUGUUUUCGGUCUGCAAGGGCAACUGCAUCCCCAUCAGCUAUCAAAGAACCAAGUCUCAGGUAGCAAUCGAUCCGAAAUGUCGCAAUUAAAGCCAAGCAUACAUGGUGAGGUUUCCACGAGUAUAGAUGCUGUUCAGGCUGGCCGUACGAUUACGUUUGAUACUGCGGCUUUGUGCCGCUAAAACAAUAAGACCGCCCCAAUUUGCUUGUACCAUAGAAACACCCGUGUGUCAUAGUGCGCCGUGGACCAAUAAGGGCUCCUUAGUCGGAGGCUGUGUGGCACGU